UUCCUUUUGAACUCAUUAUGAUGUAUAACAUUACUUACACCCGGUAACUCGUUAUUUGCUUUCUUUGAUAACGACAGUAUAUUGUAUCUACAUGGAUUCAGGUUUCAAAGUCUUGUCCCCAGUCUUCCCCACUCAAGAGUGUUGCUUCAUCUCAGAGACUAAAUGCAACUGGACCAGGGGUCUUGUGGGCAUGAAGUGGCUGGGCGAAUCCAAGAACAUGGUAUUAAAUGGCAGACGACAUGGAAACAAGUUGACUGGCGAGCAGACUGUGAGCCCGAGCCAGACUCGCUCUCAGCAUCCACAACGUGCAUCUCUGCGCCACAGCAAGAGCCACACCAGAAACCGAAGAUGUAGCCGCAGAUUUAAUGCAGCCAGUCUGGAGGCAGAAAGGCGCUAUGUACCCUCCUCUGGAAUGACUGCCAAGGAGUUGUGUGAGAAUGACGAUCUAACCACGAGCCUCAUACUGGAUCCGUAUCUGGGCUUUCAGACACACAAAAUGAACACCAGAUUUCGACCUAUUAAGGGAAGGCAAGAAGAGCUGAAAGAGAUAAUUGAGCGCUUCAAGAAACACGACAACUUGGAAAAAGCUUUCAAAGCUUUGACAUCAGGAGACUGGGCUCGAAAUAUAUUUCUCCACAAGACGAAGGCUCAAGAAAAGCUCUUCAAGCAGCAUGUGUUUGUUUAUCUGCGCAUGUUUGCUACAGACAGUGGGUUUGAGAUUCUCCCUUGUAACCGUUACUCAUCUGAGCAAAAUGGAGCUAAAAUUGUGGCAACAAAGGAAUGGAAAAGAAACGAUAAGAUUGAGUACUUGGUUGGGUGCAUUGCUGAGCUCUCAGAGAGCGAGGAGAACUUACUGCUGCGGCAUGGAGAGAAUGACUUCAGUGUCAUGUAUUCGACCCGCAAGAACUGUGCGCAGCUGUGGCUUGGACCAGCUGCAUUCAUCAAUCAUGAUUGUCGGCCAAACUGCAAGUUUGUGUCAACAGGUCGAGACACAGCUUGUGUGAAAGUUUUAAGGGACAUUGAGCCAGGAGAAGAAAUCUCGUGCUACUAUGGAGAUGGGUUUUUUGGGGAAAACAAUGAAUUUUGUGAAUGCUAUACGUGUGAAAGACGAGGUACUGGUGCUUUCAAAUCCAAAGCUGGACUGCCAGUGGAAGUACCGGUGAUCAACAGCAAGUAUGGAUUGCGGGAGACAGACAAGCGCCUCAACAGGCUGAAGAAGCUAGGGGAGGGAAACAGGACCUCAGACAGUCACUCUGUAGGCUCGCACACCGAUGUAGACUCUCAGGAAAUGCCAAAAACACAUCAAUCUGCCAGAAAAAGAACAUCAUCAUCGUCAUCAUCAUCUGGCCUGAAGUAUAAAAACAGGACUCAAACCAGACAGACUUUGUCAAGAGCCCUUACUACCUCAUGUUCAAAACAAGGUCGCGCAAACAAUAACAGGGUACCAAAGAGACUAAGAUCCCAAUCUAAGCCUUCGCUAAGUAAAGUCCAGUUGCGAAGUCGGAAGAGGGGUGCAGAGCCCAAGGCACUGGCCAAACGAGAGAUCUGCCAGUUGGGUCUCACGGACUCAAAGAUGUCGCUGUGUAAAGGCGUCACUGUAAAGAAGGAGAAGGAUGGGCAGGAGCUAGUGCAGCAGACACUGGGCCAGCAAGGCUAUCUGACACGUCAUACUGCCAAGGAAAAUGGCCACCUCCCAGCUGUGCAGAGCAGCGAAGGCAGCCAGUGUUCGAUGUACAGAACUCGCAGGUCCACAAGGACCCUUGUAAAGGCUCGGGAAACAGCAUCUGGUGUUAAGCUAGAGCCCAGUGCCAUGGAUGGUUUGAGUCCAGUCCCUGGUGGGGUGGUCAUCAAAACAGAGCCAGCUGACAUGGAGGAGUACCUCCACCACGGAGUUGAGCUAGAGCAUCCAUCAUUAGAUGCUGGCUAUGCCAGAAGACGCUCAAGCACCAGGCAGAAACGGCCAGCACGGCUCAGGGCCGAGCGGACAAUUAAAUGCGAAGACACAUAUGGGGAAUCCUUCAUGCAAGUGGUUGGCAGCCAUGCUGCAGAGUUCUCAGAUUGUGGAAAUAUGCUUUUGAGUUUUGCUGACCAACAUAGAGACUACAAUUGCGUCACCCAUGGCAGCAAAUCUUUCCACCGGGACAAGGGAAAGGGUAGUUGCCGGUCUCAGGACAAGGGGAAGAAGAAGCGUCGGAUCACAAGAUACGAUGCUCAGUUGAUCCUAGAGAAUAACACAGGCAUCCCCAAACUGACGCUCCGCCGGCGGAGGGAUAGCAGCAGUAGCAAGACCACUGACCCCAACGAUCCUGUUGGCUCCUCCCAUCUUUCUGCAUCUACGGUCAAUUCACCUUCUUCGAGCAAAAUUAGCAUAAAGUUCAGCAAGGAUCAUGACAAGGAUAAAGGCAGCUCCUACAUCGCCAAACUGAAUAACGGUUUUGCCCCUGUGGUCCACAGCAAUUCCACCAAGCUGAAAAUCCAGUUGAAGCGGGAGGAUGAUGCACGAAGACUAUCACAGACAAAGGUGGACCAGAUUUCCUUUAAUGGAGACAUGAGUCAAGGUCUAGAGACCAGGAAUGGUGGACAUCUGACCCAAAAGGUCCUGGCAGACCCUUCGUCUGAUGAUGAGGACAAGGAAGUGGAGGAUGACGAUGACUACUUUGAUAAUGAGUUUGAAGACGAUUUCAUUCCACUUCCUCCAGCAAAGCGGCUCCGACUCAUUGUGGGUAAAGACUCCAUAGACAUUGAUAUCUCCUCCAGGAGGAGAGAGGAUCAGUCUCUGAGGCUCAAUGCAUAAGCGGUGGACUUUUCCCUGUAAAUAUAGACAACCUGCUAAUCAACUGUUGUGUUGAUGUAAAAGAAGUACAGUAAUUUAAAAAGAGAGAGAGAGAAAUUGAACGUUAUUAGAGGGUGCUGUUAACUUGAAACAAAUUUGUUGUUCACUCUGUCACUUUAUUUCAUAUAAAGACCAACCACCCAAAAUAUUGAUUAAUGGAAAUUUUACAAGUCCAUCCCGUGAUAGGAAUCUUUCUCAUUUUUGGGAAUAAUCUAGCUGGCUCCUAAGUGAAAACAGAAUUUGUUUUAAGCUAAACUAUUCCUUUAAGUAAAUGCACUUGUUUAUUCAUAAUGGACGUGGAUAUUGUAGAAAGUGUACAGUAUGGUGAUUAUUCCUCUCUGUCUCAUAGGCAGGUAUUUUACUGAACUUUUGGUUUUUGUCUCUAGUUGGUAAGUUUCAGUAGGCAAACUGCACUGAAUGAACAGUGUAGAGUGGUUGGUCCAGAGGCAUUGUAACAUCAUCCAGACAGUCCUUUAGGAUGCAGGUGCCAUGUUCUCAUUAUUCCAGUAGUUUUCCUGGGAAAGAAUGUCUUUUUUCAGAGUAUAAUUUAAGUUCAUCAUGUGUAUGUAUGUGUAGAAUUGAAUUAUGAUGUUAAAUUUGGGCUAUCAUGAGCUUACCCACAGGAACAGUUUUUAUUUAUGGUAUAUCAGGUAGGUAGAGCCUGAUUGAUCCUUAUACUAAAUUUUUGCUACCCAAAAAUUCGGUAUUGCAUGCUUAAAUAAAAAUAGCAAGUGAGUUGUAUUAGAAGAGGGACAUGCAUUAGUUUAAAGUGAAAAAUGAAUGAAAUGUCAAAAGUUCCUCUUGUGGUAAUAUGAUUCCAGCUCCAAAAGUUAGUUAAUCUCUGUGGACUCCCAUGAUAAAAAGUGUUACACAGUUGAACAAUUACACAUUUUACAGCAGAGUUUUGGUAGCUAUUUUGGGAGGUUAUUACUCCCUUCGUAACAACUGUGUGACUCUAGAUUUUGCUCAAGUCUUUAUCGACUUAAGAUUAUGCAUCACUUUUUGUAUAACUGAUAGUUAGUGCCACACGCUGUCUGCAGGAUGUCACCUCAGGUGAUUGAAGUCACAGAACUGGAUCUCUUGUCUGUGUUUUUUGUUGUCUGUUUUAGUACAAAAUGUUUUUUUGAGUGGUUAUUUUUCUGAGAAGUCUGUUCUCCAGGUUUAGGGUGUCAGAUUCCUGUGUUUUUGUGUUACUCAGUACUAAUUUGCAGGAACAGGUGCGAUUCACCUUUCUACCAAACAAAGCUAGCAUUAGAUGUUAACAUAGCACUCCAGCCACUCAUUCUCAUAUGGUCACUUCUGGCUAGAAACAAACAAACCAAAAAAAAAAAAAAAGUAAAGCAAGCCACAAUGCAAAUGCUGAGGCUUUAAAUAAACAUUUAUAUUUAGUCUA